CAACAAAGCAAUCCACUUCUUCUUCUUCAACUUGGAAACAGAGUCCAUGUUCUUCAUGGCCAUGGCCAUGUCCACAGCUCUCCCUUCCACUACCUUCUUAGCAGGAGAUGACAGAGCUCUUCUUAUCAAGCCUAUCAAUCCAUGCAUACGUGUGGCCAAGCCUUUAAGGCCAUGCACCAUAAUGGGAAGCUCCAAACAGGGUGUCUUUUCUCCAUUGGUGAUCCUUGCCCGCAAUGUUCUCGGCCGGAAAAGGUUCAACCUGCUCAGAGGCAAGGCCAUUGCUCUCCAUUCACAGGUGAUCACUGAGUUUUGCAAGUCUAUAGGAGCUGAUAACAAGCAGAGGCAAGGCCUUAUCAGGUUAGCCAAGAAGAAUGGAGAGAGGCUUGGUUUCUUAGCAUGAAUGAAUUGAAUGUGUGUAACUAUUAUAUGAAUUCUAUCUUUUGAGAUCUUAGAUUUUGUUAAAAAAUUUGAGCACAACUCAGAUUAAAUUAUAGUACUGCCAUUUAAUUAUAUUGAAACAGAAGUAGUACAUGGAUAUACUUAAUAGGGAAUGAUUGUAUUGUCUUAA